GCAAAAUGAACGUCAAUGGCGCUCUCGGUCCAGCUGAAUGAGAGCGAAAAAUAUGAAAAUACCAGGAUAAGAUUGAUGAGGUCGGCUGGAAAUAACCAGCUUAAGCAGCAGCCUGGCAGGUACAACCCUGGAGCAAAGCCUUUUGAACCCAACACGUUUGAUCUGGAUACAUACCAGGAAAGGGUGGAGUUAGGUGGGUCAAAGGAGCAGUUCAAGAAUUUGGCACCAGGAUACAAAAAUGGCCAGAUUGCUACAUUCCAGCCUUUCCCUCAUUCAAACACAAUGCAGACGGGCUCACAGCUGGCAUCCUCGGACAGUCAGCAGACUGCCUAUCCAGAAUGGAGUCACAUGACAUACAGUUCCAAAAAUGCACAGAAACUUGAACCUGACCACGCAUCACCAUUUUCCUUUGCUUUCCCGGAUCAUCAAAGUGGGGGACUCAACAAUUGCUCUAGCGACAAACUGUCAGCUUUUGAUGAUCUUGUCAACAAGAUAGUUGAUGAUGAUUCUUCUCUAUUCUCUGCCAGCCUCUUUGGAGAGUUUAAUGAAGAAACUCAGUCGCAGGCCACAUCAGAUGUCUUUUCCUUUGAUGGAUCACCUGGCUUUGCAUCUGGAAGUGUGUGGUCAACCGGCAGCGAGGGAACACCUUCUGGGAAGUCAGAUAAAAACUCCACCUCAUAUGGAAGUUUUGAACAUGCUUCAAGCAUGACACAAAAUUUGUGGGAUGAAAACAGCUUUUCUUCACAUGUUUCUGAAACGCCAGAUCACUUUUUCUCACAGGGUUUUAAUGCUAAGGAUGCAUCCCGACUUCCCAGUGGCCAGAUCCAUGAAAACUUUCCCCAACAAUUUCAAGCUCAAUCUGAAUAUAGCGGAAAGCAAAAAUUGGACAGGUCUUAUCAAAAUAUGAACAAUGAUAUGUUCAACGAAAUGUCCUUACCACAGAAUUUUGCCACAUUCCAGAAUCACUUAAAGUUAAAAGCUUUUCCUUCACAGCCAACAUUGAAUUCUGCUUUUACUUCAUCAGCCCAUGACACUUCACCAAAGAUUCACCAUUCUCAGGAACACAGUAUGGCUCAAAGCGCCUUUCAAAGUGCUGUGGCUCAGCAUGUCAAUGCAGCAAAACAAACAUAUCCAGGAGGAAGUGAGCCCUUCAGCUUCAAGAAAAACAAGACAUUCCAGACAACACCAACCAAGACUGACGAUCAACCUCCAGAUGUUGAGAAGCAGAUGUUCAACUAUUUGCCAUCAUCUAACUUCAAUUCUCACAAUGCAGCUGCCUUGAAACACCAGCACUCUUCCCAGCAACAUAUGCAGCAUGACAAUGAUUUUAUGCACCCCAUUCAUGUGAAUACGCAUACUCCAGUCAGUUAUCAAAGUAACUACAGUCUGUCUGAUCCCAGUACUCCUAGUUCACCAGGGGAAGGAAAUGUUCCCCCAGAGAGACCACAGCAUCAGUCCGACACCUCAAGUGGCAAUAUUCAGGUACCUGGCCAUUUCCUGAACAAAAUGCAGAACCUGAAAAAGGAUUAUGUGCCAAUCAGCUCAUCUACUCCUCUCAACAGAGAGAAACAUGGAUUGCAGAAUUUUAUUCCUCAUGGUUUCUACAAUCGAAAAAUGAAAGGAUUACCACAUGAUAUGUUCUCCUCGCCAAACUAUGACCGCUGGUCUGCUGACCAGGUUGGUAGAGAGACCCACCACCCUGCACUUGGCAAUCUUGAUCACAUUUCUCCUGAGUUACUCCCCUUUGCCUUUGACCAUGACCAAGUUGACAAACAGAAGUUUCUUGAAGAAUGUCUCCUCCAUGAUCAAGGUCUCCGACACUCCCUGUCUCAUCAUCAGCAUCUUCUCCACUAUCCUCCCCACCCUCUCUUCAGUCCUUCCCAUGGUGCCUUGCCUGCUGAAGCAUUUGACUACUUUCCAAUUGAACCUUUGCCCAGAAUUGCGCCUGGAUUCAUCCCUGAAAUGCUCUACCCUGACUUCCCACAAUAUGUCUUAGGCCUCCAUCCUGGCUUCUUUCAAGGAAUGCGCUCUUUCAGGAGAAGUGGACCCUCUAAUGAACUUCAUCUUAAGCUAGAGGAAUGUUACGAACAGUUCAAGGCAAUUGAGAAAGAGAGAAAGAAGACUGAAGCAGAACUAGCCAGACAAAACCCAGGAAAGAAAGUAUCAAGUGCCAACAAUAUUGUCAUUCCUCGACUGCCAUCAAACCCUUCUAGAGUGGAUCGACUUAUUGUGGAUUCCUUCAGGGAACAUGCAAGGAUUAUCACACUGAUUGAUAAGAUGGAAAAACUAAGAACAAUAUCCAUCCAUCCUAAUGUCCAUUCCUCCCUUGACAAGUGGCUGGAGGGUAUCAGGAAAGUCCAGGCUAGAAGGAAGGAAGAAAUCGUUAAUGCUGCCAAUAGACAUCGAGCAGGUGUAUCGCGCCAUCAGGAGGAUAAAGAUGUAUUGGCUUUGGCUGCCAGUAUCAGUGAACUCACAGCGCACACUCGACGAGCUAGAACAGCAACAUGGUGUGCCCUGCAGAUGUCAGAUAAAGAAAAUCCACUGAUUCCACAAGCUGGUGUAAAUGUUCAAAGCCCAGUCAACAUUGAGGCUUUUGUGAAAGUACCAGACACUGGCAACCCAGUUAAUGAGGAAAAAGAAGAAGACAUUACAGCGGGAACAGAGUGAGGUGCUGAAAGGACUCAGCUUCAACCUCAAUUUUUGGAAAUCCUAUUUAUUUUGGAUGGAUGUGUAAAGCGUAGAUAUUCGUUACUGUUGCAACUAUCAAUUUUUGGAAAAUUGACAUAGUUGACUGUUGUACACUGUUAAAGUGAGCUAACACUGCAAGCUUAAGCAAAGGAUCAGCAAAGGUAAACAGGGUUAGUGCUUAUUGUUGAACAACGUCAAUCACUGAAAUGCUGGUUGAGUAAUAAUAAUAGAGCAAUAUGAACUUGGACAAGCAUUUGACAGGUAUCUUAGCUUGUGAUAUAUGGGUUUAGAUUGACCAUCAUAGAUUUGUGAUAGUAUUUGAAGUUUAUUGUUUUGUUGGAUUAACCAGAGAAUGCUAACAUGUGCCUAGUUCGUUAUGUGUGGUUUUUGUAAAGCUACUGAGGUGAUUUCAAGUCAGACCUUUGGAUUAUUGAGCAGUUUUCUACACCGGUGAAUCUCAAGUAUUUGAUAAAUAUGACUUCUUGUUUCAUAAUUUGUAUUGUAUCAGUUUUUCAUAGCAUUAUAAGAUGGAAGUCUGAGUUUUUAAUCUUUCAAGUCAUUUAUUUCCGUCCAAUUCAGACAUGAUUGUCUCUUCAGACCAUUUGAUUAAUAGAUAUUUUCUACUACAUAACCAAUUCAGGUCAUGAAUGUAUUAUCACAUAUAUGAAGAAUCUCCUUUAUGAAUAGUAAUUAUUCAUAUUGUAUUUUUUUGUUGUUGGAAGAUCUUGCAUGCCUCUUGGGCAAGCAAUUCAUUCUCUGAUUUUGAGAAGUAAAGAAGAUCUGAACUAAAGGUUGUGAAUAUUGACAUGUAAUCAGAAUAUGUUAGCUCAUCUGGCCAAUAGGGACACUGGAUCCUGUAGAUUUGGGAAAUAAAUUUGUCACAUUUUCACCUUCUCAUUAGAUUGAUAAAUGGUGUAGGUAUUCCUGACUCCUGACCUAAAGAAAAGUGAAAGUUUGUUCAAGGAAUCAGUAUCUGAAGUUCAGUUUGACAGAACUUCAUUAAUGUUAAUUCUCUUUUCAAAGAAAUAUCAGAAAAUGAUGGUUGCUUUAAAACAUAGCAUGAGUGCAGGCCUUAACCAAUCAAAAAGAUGAUGUAACAGACACUGUAAAUUGCUAAAACUAAAGAAAACCUGCCCUGUGUUAAAGGUAUGCCUUGGACCAGUAUCAAUUUCUUCAAAUGUAAUCAGACAUUUGAUAGAAUUAGUGUCUCAUUUUCAGUGUAUUAUAUUAAUUUUUCGAUCAUGAAUUGAAAGGUCAGCUAUCACUGGACUCUUUUUGACAGCCAUUCUCACAAGUAUUGACCAAAUGUUAUCCAAACAUUUGAAACAGCUGGACUAUGUUUGUGUUCAAGUAUUAAAUAACUGCUUGAAUAUUAAUAGAUACUAAUGAUAUCAUCACAAUGUUUUGUUAGCCAGUUGAGCUACGCAGUCUAAAAGCUAUUUAUAUGAAUACAUAUCAGAAUCGAAAUUGUAACCCGCAUGACAUCUUCAGAUCAUAUUAAAUUUUCUCAUUAGUCAGAUUUAUAAUGUUACAGAAUGAGUCAAGAAAUCUAUGGAUUUAACAUACAUUACAUAGAGAUAUUUGUGUAUAUUUUUUAUUUGAUUCAUAUUUAUUUAAUAUGAUAUGUGAAUAUGUAUAUAUCAGUGUUAAAUAAAACACACUGUCAGGAUAUCUUGCAAUCAAAGCAAAUAUUACCAACAAUUAUUCAAAGAUGAUGCCCAAAUGGUUUAUUUAUUUUCAACAUAUGUAAUGGGGACAAAAUUGUCCUAUUCAGCAUAGUUAAACUGCAAAAUACCAAAAGGUCUGAUAUUGAUUCUCCAGUGUAGCUUGUGGGGUACCUGCUCCAUAGUCACAAUUAUAUCAUGAGUUGUUCCCAUUCAUAGAAUCUAAAAGUUGAAUUAUCUCCACUUUGCUAUCCCAACAAUGGUCAGCCAUGGGAGAAUUUAGUUAUGUACAUUGUCUCUAUUUAUUUUCUCAGGUCUUUAUUUGAUUCUGUAGUCCAAAUAAUUAAUGGUGUAGCUAAAAAGGUAAAUAUUUUGAAGGCCUCAUCUAUCUCAAAUGUGGUUCACCUAACAAAGCUUUCAAAACAUGAUUGGUUGUGACUAUUAUUAUUUUUAACAAUUCAGUAGUGGGUGACCGGCGAAAAGAUUUUUGAUUAUUUAAAAAUAUGCUAGGAGAAUGUCAAUGAAAUUGAUAGGUUAUGUAUAAUAAAUUCAUGCAUACAGAGCAGAAUCAAAGCAUAUUUUGGGGGGCUUUUUCUUUUCAAGUUGCUACUUCCUGUUUUACUCCAUGAACUUCAACAACUGCUGACUAUGGAUAAAGGUACCCUAUUACUCGAACUACAGAUAGGUUUGGAAAGAUUUUGAUGAAGUUUGGGAUGUAUUGUUAUACAUAUCCCAAAUGAAUAACUUAUUCCGUGCACAUUUUGAAUGUAUUUAUUGAUUCAUUUCCUCCCAAUACAGUGGGAGUGAAAAAGUAGUUUUUUAAUAGAAUGGUUUGUAGUGUGAGUAGUUUGUAGUUAUUAGCUAGAUUUUUGAAGUUAUCACUGGUGUAAUAAUGUCCCGUAGCAACUUCAGAGACAUCAACUAAAAUCAUGGAGAUUCAAGUAUUACUGUGUUUCAAACAAAUCUAUUUUCUUACCCUCCCCAAGAAACUAACUUGAGAAAUCUGAAUGACAUAAAUCCCUAGGUGCCGUAUGAAGAAAUGCCACACUGUUGAUUGCAGUAUUGUACUCAAGUUGCGUGUAUUUUUCUAUGACUAAUUUGUAUUUUAUUAGUGAUGGAAUUCCCACAAGUUUGUGUCUAGUCUAUCCCUCCACUGGGGAUUCACAGUUCACAGGAUCAGUGAUUGUUUGCCACAAAUGCAUUAUCAACUUGAUUUCUAUUAUAUGGUCACAAUUAAUUCUUUUUCAAUUUUUUUUUCUUUCAAAUUUUAAUGUCAUCUUGCUGUGCUAGUGAUUGCUGUGGUUUGAAAAGGUGUUUGUCCUGGUUCUAUGGUUCAGCAAUAUGUUUCGAUACAGAAUUAAACAAUAUCAUUCCAUGAUACCAAAGUAAUCAAUUUUUAUACUAAGAACUAUUCAAUUCUGCAGUUUUUGUGUAAAGUACUGAUUGUCAAAGGUGAUUUGUACAGGAAUCAGGACUCAUGAACUUUUCAAAAGCCAGUUUUCCCAUCUUGUCAUUCCUUUCACAGAGUAGCAUUCCUGCCAAGAGAAUUGUUCACAGGUCUAAAUAGACCUUUUAGAAAUUGUGUAUUUGAUCAAAAUAUGCAGCUAUCAGGGUUUUGGAAAAUUGUUGAUGUUUGAAACUAAUCAAUUCUUUUUCCAUGAUUAGAUCCAUGUUUAUUUCAUAAACAUUUGAACCUUUUACCAAUUAGCUGUAGACAGAAUGCUGCUCAAGAACAAACUUCAGGGACCAAGUAAAAAGUACACUUAAGUGACAUAAUUGUUUUUGUUAUGAAAUGCAAAUAUUGUUGAAUAUGCCCAUUGCUGAUUAAUUAUGGAUUGUACCAUUAGUAACGUCUGCUUUUUGUCAAGUCAAAAGGAUAUGAAAUAUUUUCACAAUUACUUUUCACAGUGUUACCUAUUUUCUGAGAUCUGCUUUAAUAUAACUUAAGUUUGUCUUUUGACAGUCACAUACUUGAGAGAAUUAUUUGUGGCAACAAUAUAAGUUUCUUGUAGGUUGAGUUGAGCUGUAUUUCCAAAAUAUCAAAAUGUCAUUCCUUUCAACAUAUGUGAUGCAUGAUGAAUCUAUUUAUACGAUACUGUGAUAUAUUACUCAACAUGAGACUUUCAUUCUAAUAGUCAAUAGUUUUACAUGAUUAAAUUUGAAGUUUAAUGCUUGUUAACAUUUGCUAGUUGAACUUGUUGAUCUUUCUGUUUCUUCAAUGUUAACAUGAUUUACUGUAUCAAUGAAUUUGAACUAUAUUUACAACGUAUAUAAUUGACAUGAUCAAUGUAGAAACAGAAUAUAUUGAGUUUUAAUACAGGGAAAUGAACCCUUGGUAUGCAUUAGAAUAUUAUCCCUAUUAACUGAAAAGUUACUGGACUUAAAAAGGAAAACCUACACAUAUUUCCUAACUUGUAAUGCAUCAGUAGAGGUGUGACUAUUCAUGCAUGGUCCCAGUGAUUCUGAAACAUUAUUUUACAGUUUAGUUACAUGUACUGAUUUGUUUCAUACACAGGGAAGAUUCAGAUUAUGGAUUAUCUUCUUUACAAGAAGUGUUUUGAAGGAUACAUGUAAUUCAUGUGUUCAGUAAGUUCAAGUAUUUUGCAACAUGUAUGACUUGUGGAUGCAUUGUCACACCCCUGAUGGUAUUUAUCAUGAAGAUGGAUAUAAAGAUUGAUACAAUAAAUAAACCGGUGUUACCAGUAUAGCCUGAGGGUCAUAAGUUGAAAUUUGGGAUUCCUAUGAUGAAAAGUUGUAAAAUCUAGUCUGAGUUUAAUCAAAAACAUUGCGCCUCCUUGCUCUAUUAUGAUUGACAUUCCAAUAGUAUCUUUGCAUUACAUUAUCCUUUUUAACCAUGUGAAAACUAUGUGGAUAUUUGCUGGAUGUUUCAGUGGUUGCACAUCAGAUAUUAUGCAGAGUUAUUAUUGCAAAGGCAUUUUGUGUGCCACAAUUCCAUUAAAUUGACUGUGAUCACACUAUUUUCAUAUUAAACACAGAUCUAAUAAACCAAAUAUAAUCUCAUAGUCUGCCAUUAUGUGUGUAUGUGUGUUUAUUGUAUUGGUUUAUAGACACCUUAUUAGUGUGUGGGGUUAUUAUAUUGUUAUAUGUAUGUAGUACUAGCAAACGGGUGACAAUUCUUAAGCAGUCAGUAAAAACAUAGAUUUUUUUUAUCUGUACAAACAUCAAAAGCAAUGACAUUCAACUAUAAUCAUGCAUGACUUGGUGCACAUAUUUUGCUGUUCAUUUGUACACAUGAAAAGUUGCUUGGACAUGUUGAUAAUCGUUCGUCAUUCAUGACAGAUAUGUAUUUUGUUUAUUUGUUUUACCAGUGAAUUAUAUAGCUGUGCCACAGAUGUCUAGUUUUAGAUGGUGUUCAUGUGUUGCCUAUAUUUAUAGAUUAAAUUAUUUUGUUGUGAUUUUAUUUUUGUAGAAUGAAAUGUCAUUCAUUGGACUCAUUCAUUAGAGGUUCCUGAUAGAACAAAGUCAUGCUUCUCACAUUCAUAACAAAUGUUUUACGUUUCCUGCAACUUAUGUUGUAAUUGAUAAGCCUUUUUUAAGGUGUGUAAGUUGUUUUCUUGUAUUGUGUUUGACAUGACAUUUAUACACCGUAUUGACAUAUCUAACCCAUGAUUUACCACAAGUUGAUUAACAUUCUUGGCCACAUAAACUUAUUCCAAAAUUAGAUCAUAGAAGUCAUCCCUGAUUUGUAAUUCAAGAUAUGCAAUGACCUCUCUGCUGAUUCUAAAGGUAGACCGAUACAUGAUCAGUUAUGUCCAAUGAUUACAUUGAAAUUGGAUUAUUUCAAUACAAAGCAGUGAUCCUGUCAUUGCAUCUAUGCAGCUAUAACAAAUCCUAUUUCUGUGGUGUGGGGUUAUUUAUCGUAUGGUCAUCUUAUAGACUUCAGUCUAUAGUCUUGUCAAUGUUGCUGAAAUAUUUGAACAACUGUGCACUCUUUUGCCUCAUGCUUACCGUGUGUUCAAGAUCGUAGAGAAGUCAUACCACAUUGUUUUCCACGUCAAAGUCACAUUGUUUUAACCUCAGCCAAAAUCAGAAGUCACAUUGUAUUUGUUUUCAACACAUUUUGCAUGUAUUGACCAUUUUAAAGUCACUGUGUGCUCAUAGCUUAGUCCCACAACCUACAAUAAACCUGCUGGUGAACCAACACAAAGAAAUGUGCUCUGGAAAUAUAAACAGAACAAUAUUUUUGCAUUGCACAUUUGUUUUGUAUAUGCUUUGGAACAAUUAGCAAUGACUAGGGUAGAUGGUUAAUAUACAUUAAAAAUGGGUUUGUUUGUGAGAUUUUGUAAGAUACCUAUAUCUACAUAGUCCUAGACAUAGUGUGACAUUAGCGACCUGACUAUAGCUAGACUCUUGGUUAUCAGUGUUUGAGUAGUUUGAGACUUGGUAGUUGCAUGAGGUAUGUCCAUGCAUUGUUUUGUGCAUAUCAAACUGAAUUCUGCCCAUGCAAGAGUAUUUUUUCUAGAUAAUCUAUUCACAUAGAUUUAGGAUUGAAUAUAUUUUCAAGCAGUGGCUGCUGUUAAGACAAAAUAUUGAUUUGUGGUGUCAGAAAAUUAAAAAGUAACUGGUGGAUUUGAGACUCAAAAUGACAAGUACCUGGGGUAAUGAUCAAUGAGUAGAGGUAGCCGUUAUCACAGGCUUAUUUUCAACUAUGCAGAAACCAGACCCUGAAGUCGUGUUAACCAAAUACAUGUUCUUCAUUGAAUUACAUAUUAGCAAGAUUAUAUUGAUGUUGUAUUUGAAGAGUAUCAUCUAUAAACAUGUAUUUGGAAAUAUUCUGUAGGGCAGAAUUCAUUGUCAGGUUACCUCAUUGAAGAUUCCAGCUUAAUUGCACUCAGGAUUCUCUCAUAGUUUGAUAUGUUCAACAUCUUAUUUUUUAAUCUGAGCAAUACCGUUAUGGUCCAUUCACCAGAAAUCUUUUACCUUUCAUGUAUACUCCAUUUGGAAGGGAUUGUCUGGUCCAGAUUGGAUUAUUUACAGGGUGCCGUCAUAUUGCUGGAAUAUCAUUGAGUGUGGCGUUGAACAGCAAACAAUACUAACCAUUGGAAAAUAAAGAAUAGAAUGUUAAUAUGCAGAAAAAGACAAAAUAUUUUGGUUGUAUCAGAAACAUUUUCAGGUAUGCUUGUUCUACUUUGCAAUUUGUAUUGUUAUUGGGUCUGGAUUCAUUUUCAAUUUUCUUUUUCAAUUUUACUUUCCCCAAACAUUCAUAGAUGCACCAUUUUCCAAUUGAGCUACAGUGCCUCAUGACUUAAAUUUUUAUCUCAGAUUUAAUUAUGCUUACCGGGGUACUGUAGAAAUUUUGAUUAUUUUUGUUCACUUUAUGAAAUCAUUAAAAUUAAGAACUUUUGAAGUAAAUUAUCAAAUUUUCAGGAAUUUUUAGAAAUAUUUUGUUGCACCACUGAGAGAUCAAUGUGUAUAUUAGGUUCUUAUGCCUAUGUUAUUGAUGGAUUAAGAUAAAAAAGGAACAUUUACAUGGCCGAAAAACAUUUCAGAUUGGCAAAUACAAUACCAAUUCAUGUUAACUGAAAGAACAAUUUGUAUCUUGUCAGCAGCAAAUGAAUCAACAUGCGUCUGUAUUGCAUCAAAAGGAAACAAAUAAUUUCUUGUAAUUUCCCUGACUUCAUGAAUCUGAGAUAAAGAAAAAGGUGUUUGUAUAAAGGUAAUAGGCUUGGUAAUAGAUGGUGUUUUUAUCAGUCUGGUGUCUUUCCCAAUGGUUCUGUUACAGCAGCUAAUAUCAUUGUUUAGUGUACCGGUAGUUGUAAUGACAUUUAUACCGCUAGCAUUUUCAGUCCUCACAAUUUUGUCAGGUAAGUCCACAACACUCAAAAUGGCAAGAAAUAUUUUCAUAUCUGUAUAUAAUAAUAUUUUUAUAGCAUUAGAUAGUCUGAAUGCUCAAUUCUAGGAGCUUGUGACAACUGCAGAUUGUAUUUUAAUGCAUAAAGCCUUGUAAGAGCACAGUGCUUGUCUUCAACUAAAGCAGUAUUUUUCUAUGCAUUCAGUUAGUGUUUGGGAAAUGUAGGUUGUGUUUGAUCACACCGGUUGUAUUUGAUGUAGAGCAUUUGCCUAAGAAAUAAGUCUGUUAAUUAAGUAUUUCAGUAACUAUGUUAAUUGAUUGAAUCAGGGAUUUUUUUUCCUAGGUUUUAAUUAUGACUCUAGACUGUUAUUGGAAAAUGAACAUGUAUGCUAUAUGUAAAGCAUAGUGACAAAACCACUGAGAACAGUUACAGUUUGUCAAAAUGUGCUUGAGCAGAGAAAAUAUCAAAUUAUUUUUGUGUGUUGUACACAGCAAUAUAAGAGACAAAAGACUUUAACUCGUCAUGCUUGUGUUGUGAUUUUGAUUGAGUUUAUAGACAAUUUUGUCUGUUGUACUGUGAGCACCACACAGAGUGUUGUCACUAGUUGAUAUUUUGCUUGGCUGUGUUAUUGUUUGAUAGCGAUCUCCAAUUGUCUGUGAUGUUAACUAUCCAAUUCCAAAAUAGUUGUUGAUUAAGUAAUACUCUUAUUUUUCAAUUGUGUUGAAAAAAUCAUCCAUGUCUCUCCUUAAAACACAAGCACACAAUUUACCUUCCAGUUUGAUAUUCUAUGAUUUUAACAGAAAGUGACAUGAAAGUUACCACUACCAUUUUUUUGGUUCUGUUUAUAAACCAUGACAUUAGGGAAUUCAUGAUCUUUCUGUUGCUCUAUUCCCACAUAUCCAAUCUUAAUCUUUUCUUGUAAGUCAAAAUAUUGGAAUUACCUACAACUGCGUCUACUUCAUACAAUAUACUUUUCAUCAGAUAAAUUUAUAAAACCUAUUGGUCACAAUAUGUGGUAAAGAGAUAAUAACUAGAUAACUGUAUUUUUGUCUUAUUGUUUGUUAAAACAUUGAAGGCCAUCAUUAUUUUGAAUAGGAAAUGUUCCUAGGUAAUUUCUGUCACAUUAAAUCAGUUCCAUGUCGAAGUUACAAUUUUUGGGAUACACCCAUUCCAUAACAUCCAUGCCUAAUGAAAUUUGGAUGGAUGUUUUCUGCAAGUCUAGAUCUUUUUGCAGCUGGCUUUUAUGCAAAUUAACUUAAAUUUGCUUUAGGGUAACAUUAGAAAUGGAGAGAUUCAAAGAAAUAGACUAUGAUAAUAUAGACAUACUUUGUGCAUAUUUACCAGUUGGUACAGUUUACUCCUAGAUGAUGCUUGUGUAUUGAUAGUUAAAAGUGUUCUUUUACUGAUUAAGCAGGGAAUUGGAGAUGUAGUUUAUGUGAUUCUAUACAUAGUCCAAGUUUUGCUGCGUCGAUGAAAUAAGGUUUAUAUCUACUCAGUCAAUUUAGGAAGUGAUUUUCCUAAUUAGAGUUUUGAAUUCUGAAGAGUUUUACUGUUGAUUCUUACUAUUUGUGUAUAUUUAUUCUAGUUAAUGCUGGUCAGUUUCUCGAAUUGUGCAAGUCAGAAUUGUAUAUGUAUAUUUAUGUAGCCAUGCAUUCAUGUAAGGAAGUAAAAAAACAAUACUGGUAGUAUAAAUGGAUUUCAAGAUACAUUUUUCACUGUAAAGUUUAAGACAGAUAGGUCAUAGUUUACCUCAAGGUAUAGUUUGCACAACUCCAAAGCCCUUAUUAAUAUGUUUAUAAUCUAAACUUUCGAAGGGAAUAUAUCAAAUCCUAUCCUUUUGUUAAUGAAUAAGACCUGAACCCCUGUCAUCUAUUGAACAGGAUCUUCAGGAUAGGUCAUGUCAACUGAAAUGCAAUUUAUUUACAAUCUGACUUGCCACAAAUCACCUAUGGUGGAGAGACCAGUCCUAGAUUUUGCUUAUGUUGUCAGUGCAACAAACCUGCAAUACUUGUAGCAUUAUUGAUGGGAUUGAAGGAGUGACGAGAUAUAUUCGUCGACUGUGAUUGUGUUUUAGAGUGUUGAUGUAGUAUAAAACAUUGGGGAACAAUGGUGCAGUAUGUGUCGACUGCAUGGACUGCACUGAUUGCUAGGUAUGGUAAGGCUUUCUGGUCUCACGUAACAUUAUUUAUAUGCUCAGUGUUCAUGUUUCUGUAUUAAAAAAAGAUAUGGCAACAAUAUCCCUAAGAAGUUAGGAGACAGUAAGAGUUUGACAUGCCAUAAGAACAGAUUAUGGUAGUACUUCAACCAUUCCUCUAAAAUAUCCUACAAGGUCAAGAUUCUUUUGUUAAUCUUUGCUAAAAGUUAGGCAUUGCAACUUUUAUAAGAUCCUGGUUAACACAUCUUGUUUAAGCCAUCACAAAAGCAAAACAUGUUUUGCACCUUGGGGCAUAUUUGUCAAAGGCUUACUAUGUGACAUGCCACAUAUUUUCUACUCAUUUGCCCUGGUUGAUGGGUCUUCUAAGGAAAACCUGUUAUGUCAUUUGGCCGUCUCUUGGUGUAUUUUUUAUCAACAAAUAAAAAUCAACUCUGGUUUGUGCACAAAGGAUCAUGGUUGGAUAUACACUACCCCAUGUAAGAGUAAGAAAUAAUUAUCCUAACCUUUAAUACAUACAGAUACAAAGAUCUAACAAUAAUUUACGAACAUGCAUUAAUUGUCAGUUUGACAAAAUAAAUGUCAGCAUGAUUCUUUUUUCAAUAUCUUUUACAUUCACUGGAAAUUCCUUGAUAGCGUCUGUUGUUUUCUUUCUUGGUGUGCAGAUCACAAGUAAGACAGUUAUAUAUCAAAUAAUAAGUCUAAUCUUUAUAUUCCACAUGCUUAAAUCUGAGACGUUUCAGAGCCAGCACAGUGCAGUCCAUGGGUUUUGUGUCGAGUUCAGAGUGAGAUUAUCAUAGCUUGAAUAGAGGUGUGAAACUUCCCACAGAAUAUGUAGCCCAAGUUGGUAGCUUACAAGGGUGUUCAUCAUGUUGCAAUUAGAAAUUCAUGCCUGUUUUUUCCCAGAUUUAUGAAUUAUGACAAUAAAGGCAUGGUUGUUUGGCA